AUGUCUUACAAGCAGAACUCACCACUGCCCGACCCAACCUCAGAGAGUGGUUUUGUCAAAGUGACGGCAUUUUCGACCUGUCAAUUCCAAUGUCCAGCUUCUUUUGCUAUAGAAGGUCUCCCAGGUACCCUGUUUUCAGACUCGUAUAGAUUUCUGAUUCAACACGAAGCAACCAAGACAACCCUAUGGUUCGACUUUGGUGUAUCAUCAGAGCCCUCGAUUUAUCCUCCUCAUAUCCAGAGUGCGCAACAAAAAAUCUACAACCUCAUUCCUGGGAAAAACACGCCUGCCGAUGAUGCAAAGUCUGUUGGUGUUGACCCUACGGAUGUCAAGUACAUUGUUGCCAGCCACGCCCACUGGGACCAUAUAUUUCCUGGCGGGAAAUACCAUCCCAAUGCGACUAUACUGUGUGGGCGGGGCACGCUGGACUGGGCCUCGUCAAUGUGGCCUCAAGUGAAAGAUAGUACGUUCGACGCCCACGUCUGGGAUCCAAAACUGCGGGACCUACCGGUGGAAGAGCUUAAGUCGCCUCAAGAAGCGCCUGAAGAAUAUCAGCAAGUUGGACCUUUUAAAAACUGCCGUGAUUUCUUUGGAGACGGCAGCUUUUGGAUAGUGGAUGCUCCAGGGCACUGCCCCGGAAAUCUCGCAGGCCUGGCAAGAGUAAAGGAUAAGACCGGGAAGACUAAAUGGGUCUUUUUCGGCGGAGAUUGUUUUCAUUGUCACCACUUUGUCCACCACCCGGAAGCUCCGUUUGGCAAAGGGGUGAAGGUCACCCCAAACGAUACCUUUCACGAUGACCACGAAAAGGCCAGAGAAAUCAUCCGCCAGGUGGCCGAUCUGAAAAAGGGUGAAGGCGAAGAUGCCCUCAUCUGGAUCGCGCAUGUGGACACUCUGGAAGGUGUUUGGACCAUGCAGUAG